CGGAGGGUCGGUGGCUUGUGAAAACGUGGAAAGCAAUUAUUGGUCGUCGCAAGAGCGUCAGAUGAACCGCAAAGCACCGGAACCUCGCCGAGCAUUUUAAAAUGGAUAAUGCCACGUGGUCAAGAUUCUCUAUGUGGCGAAGCCGGAGGCACCGCUUGACCGCACCGGAAUAUGCCUCCCCGGCGAGUGACCUGGAUCGACUCUCGUCACUUUCCCGAAAAGUAUAAAUAUCUCUCAUUCACACUCCCCAUCCUCGUGCCCUAGCCGUCCGUUACUCCUUUUUCCAGCCGCAACCUGCUGAAAAUAUCCUCAAUUUCUGCUCCAGACACGCUAUUUUCCUUACAUUUUCACGCAAUCCAGCUGAAAUUUGGUGUUUUUCUUCACUAAUUGUUCAUUUAUACUCGGAAUACGAAGGGGGUUUCUUGCUAAGAUUAGUUGGUGGUGAGGGCUUCGAGCUGUCGGUGCGGCAAUGGGAGCGGCAGAAGUGGCCUUUUCCGGUUGGAAAGGUUUGAUUUCUUUGCUGUUUUGAGCUUAUGGGGUCAGACAAUUUCGGCGGCUGUGCAGGCGGUGUUCGGACUAAGGCCUUGCCCGAGGAAGCUGAGGUUCGAAAAUUGGAAGGCGCUUCUGCUGGAAUCAAACGUCCCUUUGACAAAUGGAACUCUGCAGCCAGCCGAAAAGGGAUGUUGAUGAGCAAUCAGUUAUCUGGAGCAAGGAAACAUCUGAAGGCCUCAAUUCUAGUACUAAUGUUGCAAAGACAGCGAAACUAAAUGCUAGGUCACAGCUUAAACCUCGGAAAGCUGGAAGGAAUGCUUCUGGUAGUUCUAAGGGGUUGAAGAUGUUAGAGGUGGAUGGCUCUGUCAGUAAAACCGGUGAAGAUGAUGCAAGAGCUAUAGAGACUUUAUCAAAUCACGCAAGCUGCAAUAAUGAAGAGAAAGUUCAAAUGCCUAAGUUAAGGAACAACUCAACUGGCAAGAGAGGGGACAAGAGACUUGGAAAAACUUCAAGGGGCAAUUUAUCUCUAAAGAAUGGCAUGAUUAGCUUCUCUUCAGCUGCAGGCGGACACAACUUUCUUGGAAGUUAUGGUUUGAAAUCCGACACUUUGGACGUGGCUGAAAAAAUGGAGGAUAUGUCUUUGGAGGAGCUUCUUGAUGGCAGUUAUAUGAGUCCUCUUUUCACCAAAUACAAGGAAAAGAAGGCUACAAGCUCAAAUGAAAGUCUUCUUCAUGCAAUUAGAAAUGCUUGCUCUCUACUUCAGAAACCUGAACGGGUCAAGAGUUGCUCAGAUGAUGAUAAGAUAGCCGAGCCCAUGCAUAUUGCCUCUUUUUCAGCAACUGAAGCUGAUGGUAUUAAAGCAGAUGCCUGCACUUCGGCUGUAUCUUCAUAUGAUAAGUGGUACUCUAAGGUUCUUUGGAUUACAUCUUUGAUGCGAAAGUUCUGGAGGAAUUCUUUGGAGGAUGUUCUUUGAGACCCAAGCCUACAUCUCCAUACUGACCCUGAGAGUUCUAUGAAAUGUUAGUUUGGCUGCUUUAACAGAAGCGUGUGGUAAGCUUAAAACAGCUGAAGCUUGUGUCAAUCUUCCACCAUGCAAACACGUGGAUAUUUUGAAGCACAUUUCACUUCCCCCAACAAAGGAUUUGGAUGCUUUGCUUCUUGAUGCAACCAAACACACAUCUUCCAGAAACAACCCUGAUCCUCGUCUAGGCAAGCCAACAUCAUCUCAGCGAAUUGGCUUGCCUCCUUUUCCUUGGUCACAUGGGUACUCUGGAAACCACAAAUCUGGGCCUGAUGCAUCGAAACCAUCAACAAGUAGGACUGCUUGCCAAGGCAAGUGGGUUAGGGUGAAUGACAUAUUUACUCCUCAAGAUGGAUGUCCUAGUUUUGCAGUAGAUUUGCAAUCUCUCACUUAUGAUCACAGUCUAGUUCCAUCAGGAAGUAAACCAUCUGUGAUUCCAGAAAGAGGAAAUCAGAUCCAACAUCCUUGCGACACUCAAAAUGGUGAACCCUUAGAAAGUCAAACUCAGAGUCAUGUUCCUUCAGGAGGUCAAACAUCUGACCUAUCAGAAAAAGGAAAUACCCCAGCAGUCCAAGCUGAAUUUGCUUCCUUUGACAGAGUUCUUUCAUCAUUUGCUACUUGUUCUAUUUCCCAAGUUUCUUCAGAGGAACCAUCCCCAAGAUGUUUGACUGCUGCACGGACACUGUGUGAAAUUGCAACCCGAUCAGUGAAGCGCAGAACGAAUGGAACCGUAAAGUGUCUUAAGAAACCUACUCAGAAGUCCACAAGAGCUCCUCCAAAGCUGAAGUUGAGUGAGAAACCAGAAAAACCAUUUGCAGCACCAAAUAGUAUGGACAUGAUGAGAGCUUGUGAGGGGAUGCUUCCACCCAAAAGACCUAAACUAAUGUUGGAUGGGGAGAGAAACGGAAAAGCCACUGCAAGAAACUUUGACAGAAAGCAUUGGUCGGCUCCACGAUCAGUUAGACCGUCUUCGAGCAAAUAUUGUAAAAACGCAACAAGUUCAGAAACAAAAGGUCACAGCAACAGCAGCUUUGUAGAUAAAUUAUAUAUGAUGAAGGGUUGUAGUAGUCAGCAAAAAGCAUUCAAGUAACAAGAUGAAGACCGAAGCUCAUCAACACACAAGGGCUGUAUAUGAAGAUUCAUUCAGUUUUAACUUUUAGAUCUCACCAAAAGUGGUAGGUGUUUUGUAAAUUCUGUCUGUAUGAAGAAAGAAGGGAGCUGGUGGCCGUGAUCUUGAUUUCAGGAGAAACAGGCAAGCCUGCCCUGUUGUAUCAUUAUUAUUUGUUUGAUGUUAUCUAAUCAGAAGUGUAAUAUCCAAUCAAAUAUUCUUCCAUCUCCUCCAUCUUUCGUGUAAAGUGGUUCCAAUUUAUUAUCUCCGCUCGGAAAAUAUCAUGUUUGAUCAGAGUACGUAUGUACGAUAGUCGAUAGAGGAUUUGAGUUAAAGGUCU